AUGACCAGUCUGCUCCAGUUCCACGGCUACUCAGGGAGCAUCUGCAUCCUGUGGCUUCCCAAGCUGCAUCGCUCCAUCCCUGGGCAUGCAGCAGACUGCAUCCCUGAAAGGGGUGUCCUUGUGGAAAUCAAGGCAACUGACAAUGACGUGGGCACCUUUGGGGAAGUCAAUUAUUUUUUCACUGAUGACCCUGACCAUUUCUCCCUGGACAAGGACACAGGUGUAAUCCUCCUGACGGCUCGGCUGGACUUUGAGAUCACACAGCGCUAUACCCUGACCGUCAUUGCCCGGGAUGGUGGUGGGGAGGAGACAACGGGGCGCGUCAGGAUCAAUGUCCUCGAUGUCAAUGACAAUGUCCCCACCUUCCAGAAGGAGGCAUAUGUGGGAGCCCUGCGGGAGAAUGAGCCCUCUGUCAGCCAGGUGGUCCGGCUCCGGGCAACCGAUGAGGAUUCCCCUCCAAACAACCACAUCACAUACAGCAUUGUGUAUGCAUCUGCUUUCCGUGAAUACUUUGACAUCAGAGUGUCAGAAGGCUAUGGAGUGAUCAGCGUGAACCAUCCCCUUGACUAUGAGCAGCUGGACAAUGGGGUCAUCUACCUGACUGUGAUGGCCAAGGAUGCUGGCAACCCUCCACUCAACAGCACUGUCCCUGUCACCAUCGAGGUGUUUGAUGAAAAUGACAACCCCCCCACGUUCAGCAAACCCUCCUAUGUGAUAACCAUCAUGGAGGACAUUAUGGCAGGAGCCACAGUGCUGUUUCUCAAUGCCACGGACCUGGAUCGGUCCAGGGAAUAUGGGCAGGAGUCGAUUAUCUACUCCCUGGAGGGCUCCUCACAUUUUCGGAUCAAUGCUCGCUCUGGAGAAAUCACAACAACCUCUUUGCUGGACCGGGAGGCCAAGUCUGAGUACAUCCUCAUUGUCCGGGCGGUGGAUGGAGGUGUGGGCCACCAUCAGAAGACAGGCAUUGCUAUGGUGAACAUCACGCUGCUGGACAUCAAUGACAACUAUCCCACCUGGAAAGAUGAGCCAUACUUCAUUAACCUGGUGGAAAUGACACCCCCCAACACAGACGUCACCACGGUGGUAGCUGUGGACCCAGACCUGGGGGAAAAUGGCACAGUGGUGUACAGCAUCCGACCCCCCAACAAGUUCUACAGCAUCAACAGCACCACAGGCAAGAUCCGCACCACUGGUGUGCUGCUGGACCGGGAGAACCCCAAUGCCCAGGAGGCCGAGCUCAUGCGGAAGAUUGUGGUCUCUGUCACAGACUGUGGGAGGCCACCCCUGAGAGCUACCAGCAGUGCCACAGUUUUUGUCAACCUGCUGGACCUGAAUGACAAUGACCCCACUUUCCAAAACCUGCCCUUUGUUGCUGAGAUCUCUGAGGGUCUUCCCGCAGGCUCCUCUGUCUUCCAGGUAGUGGCCAUCGACCUGGACGAGGGUCCGAAUGGGCAGGUGACAUAUCGCAUGCAAGUGGGGAUGCCCCGCAUGGAUUUUGUCAUCAACAGCACCAGUGGCCUUGUCACCUCCACCAUUGUGCUGGACAGGGAGACGAUUGCUGAGUACUACCUGCGGGUGGUGGCCAGUGACGCUGGCACGCCCUCCAGGAGCUCCACCAGCACGCUGACUGUCAAAGUUCUGGACGUGAACGACGAGAACCCAACAUUCUUCCCAGCUAUCUACAACGUGUCGCUGCCCGAAGAUGUGCCCCGGGAUUUCAAAGUGGUCCGGCUCAACUGCACAGAUGCUGAUAUUGGGCUGAACGCUGAGCUAAGCUACUUCAUCACAGGUGGGAACCACGAUGGCAAAUUCAGCGUCGGCUACAGGGAUGGGGUGGUGAGGACAGUCGUGAGUCUGGACAGGGAGACUGUGGCAUCAUACACACUGAUCCUGGAGGCCAUCGACAACGGUCCCACCGGGAACCGGCGCACUGGCACUGCCACCGUGUAUGUGACGGUCCUGGAUGUCAAUGACAACCGACCCAUCUUCCUUCAGAGCAGCUAUGAAGUCAGUGUCCCUGAAGACAUCCCAGCUGCCAGCAGCAUAGUACAGGUGAAAGCCACAGAUGCAGAUGAAGGCAUUAAUGGGAGAGUGUGGUACAGGAUUGUCAAGGGAAAUGAGCACAACCACUUUCGCAUCAAUCCCAGCACUGGGCUGGUGAUGAGAGGUGUGCGGCCCCUGGACAGGGAGCAAAACUCCUCUCACAUCCUGGAGGUGGAGGCCUACAACACAGAGCAUGGGCCCAUGAGGAGCUCCGUGCGGGUGAUUGUCUAUGUGGAGGAUGUCAAUGAUGAGGUGCCAGUAUUCACUCAGCGCCAGUACAGCCGCCUGGGGCUGCGGGAGACAGCGGGGAUUGGGACUUCAGUGUUGGUGGUCCGAGCCACUGACCGAGACACAGGGAAUGGUGGUCUGGUCAACUACCAAAUUGUCUCGGGCGCAGAAGGGAAGUUUGAGAUUGAUGAGAGCACAGGCCUCAUCACAACGAUAGACUACCUGGACUACGAGACCAAAACCAGCUACUUGAUGAAUGUCUCUGCCACGGACCAAGCACCCCCCUACAACCAGGGCUUCUGCAGUGUGUAUAUCAGCCUGCUGAAUGAGCUGGAUGAGGCUGUAGAGUUCUCCAACAGCAGCUACGAGGCUGUGAUCAUGGAGAACAUCCCCCUGGGCUCUGAGGUGCUCCGAGUCCAGGCUCGUUCCAUCGACAAUCUGAACCAGAUCACCUAUAAGUUUGACCCUAACACCAAUGCCCAAGCACUCUCCCUCUUCAAAAUCAACGGGGUCACUGGUGUGAUCACAGUCAAAGGCCAGGUGGAUCGAGAGAAAGGGGAUUUCUACACCUUAACUGUGGUGGCUGAUGAUGGAGGACCAAAGACUGACUCUACAGCGAAGGUGACCAUCACAGUCCUGGACGAGAACGACAACAGCCCCCAGUUUGACAUCACCUCUGACUCGUUUGUCAGUGUGCCUGAGGACAUCGCCGUUGGCAAGCGGGUGGCACUGGUCCUGGCCCGCGAUCCAGAUGCAGGCAGCAAUGGGCAGGUGACUUUCUCCCUGACGUCAGGGAAUAUCGGCCAGGCUUUCGAGAUCCGUACCACCAAUGACACCUAUGGAGAGGUGUUCGUGGCACGGCCACUGGACCGGGAGCUGGUGGAUCACUACACCUUACGGAUCCAAGCAUCAGAUGGUGGCGUGCCCCCACGGAGGAAGGAGCACACUCUGCGAGUGAACAUCCUCGAUGUCAAUGACAACCCUCCUGUCAUCGAGAGCCCCUUCGGCUACAACGUGAGCGUGAGCGAGAAUGUUGGUGGUGGCACAGCAGUGGUCCAGGUACGUGCCACCGACCGGGACAUCGGCCUCAACAGUGUCCUUUCCUACUACAUAACUGGUGGAAAUGAGGACCUGACGUUCCGCAUGGACCGUGUCACUGGUGAGAUUGCCACCCGGCCCUCCCCACCAGACCGCGAGCGGCAGAGCUUCUACAGACUGGAGGUCACUGUUGAGGAUGAGGGCAACCCCUCCCUGUCGAUUCGGCCUGUGGGAGAGACAGAGGAGACGGAGCUGGAAGAGGACAUGGAAGUCCCUUGGUAA